AUGGCAUAUGCAAGUCAACUGAGUCAUGGUGGAUUGUUCUGCAAUAGGGUGUUGCGGUCCUCAGUCAAAGCCAGAUCAUUGAAGGCACAAGUUUUUGGUUUGUCCAUCUAUUCUGAUUCAGUUCUCGAUUUCCCUGAUAUUAAGGUUGUCUUUCAGUCAAAGCAAUCGGAAUCGAUUAGGGUUCAGGGAGCGGAAAUAUUGUCCCGGUUGGCCGAAGUGACGAGAGGAACAUUGUCUGAAUUUAAGAACGCUGUGCUUCGCGAGCCGUCGAGGAUUCCUGUGCCUGGAGGUACAAUUCAUCCCUUGACUCGUGCACACAGAUUAGGAACAGCAGCACUUUCAGCAAAAGAACAGGAGGCUCUCCCAUUUUGCGCCAUUGCAUAUGCUCUGACUGGUAUAUUUGGUUCUUUGAUUUGCUCAGUUCCGGCGGUGCGACACCCAAGGUGCGACGCUCUCAAGCGUGACACCCAUAUGCGAUGUCCCCAGGCACGACACCCCAUAUGCAAUGCCCCUAAGCGUGGUGACCAAGUUGCAAUGCCCAAGGCACGACACCCCAGGUAUGACUCCCCCCAAGCACGACAACCAAUAUGCGAUGCCCCAGGCGCAACAUUGCGACAGGGCGAAACACAUUCCAAUUGCAUUAGAAGUGGCAAAAAUGAUCUUUCACCAAGGAUGGACAAAAGUCGAACUGUAGAAGUCUCGGGCCAACCUCAGUGA